AUGCCCACGCCCUCGGUCGUGCUCGCGACCGCGGGAUACGACCACACGGUGCGGUUUUGGGAAGCGACGCGAGGGGUGUGUUAUCGAACGCUCCAGUACGCGGACUCGCAGGUGAAUAGAUUGGAGAUCACGCCGGAUAAGCGGUACCUCGCGGCGGCGGGGAACCCGCACGUGCGGUUGUACGAGGUGAACGCGUCGAAUCCGCAGCCGGUGACGUCGUACGAUGGACACACCGGAAACGUGACGGCGGUCGGGUUCGAGCCGCGCGGGAGCUGGAUGUACACGGGGAGCGAGGACGGGACGGUGAAGAUUUGGGAUCUGCGAGCGGGCGGGUAUCAGAGGGAGUACGAAUCGAGAGGGGCGGUGACGAGCGUGGUGUUGCAUCCGAACGGGACGGAAUUGAUGAGCGCGGAUCAGAAUGGGAACAUCAGGGUGUGGGAUUUGACGGCGAACGCGUGCUCGUGCGAGCUCGUUCCAGAGGUGGGGACGGCGGUGCAGUCAUUGACGGUGGCGGGCGAUGGGUCGCUCGUCGUCGCUGGGAACAGUAAGGGGACGUGUUACGUGUGGAAACUCCAACCAGGGUCGAAGACCACGGCGCAGUUCGAGCCGCUGCAUAGGCUCAAUGCGCACAACGGUAGUUACGUGUUAAAGUGCUUGAUUUCUCCGGAUUGUCGCCUGUUGGCGACGACGUCCAGCGAUAAGACGAUCAAGCUGUGGAAUCUCGAUGGGUUCAAGCUUGAGCGCGUGCUCGAGGGGCAUCAGCGCUGGGUGUGGGAUUGCGUCUUUAGCGUCGACGCCGCCUAUCUCGUCACCGCGAGCUCUGACACCACGGCGCGUCUAUGGGAUUGCUCCACGGGCGAGGCCAUUCGUGUGUACAGUGGUCAUCACAAGGCUGUCGUGUGCUGCGCCUUGAAUGAUUCCGCCGUUAGCGACGCCGUCGAGGCCGAGACAGAUAUCAAUAGCCCUUGA